AUGGCGCGGGAGCAUUUUGGUCCGAAGCAGCUCGAGGUGCUGCCGCUCGGCCUCUCCUUCCCGCUCCUCGAGGCGCGGCGCGCAUGCCGCCACCUCGCCUCGCCGCACUGGCCGGUCGGCGCGUGCGCGCUGCUGGCGCGCGAGGACCUGGCGCGGCAGGCGCAGCACGACCUCGUGCACGAGCAGCAGGCCAAGCUCGCGCUGCUCUGCCGCCGCACGAUGGCGCUCUCGGUCGGGCGGGGCAUGGUUACGCUGGCCUCUUCGCCGGCGGAGCUGGUCGAGUCGCUGCGCCUCGCGCCUCUCGACCUGAAGGGGCGCACCUCGCCAAAGGCGGCGACGGUCGAGCUGGACACGAGCGCCUUCCCGCCCGACCACCUGAUGUGGCCCGAGUUCCACAACGGGUGCGCCUCGGCGCUCCGCCUCUCCCCGCCCGGCUGCGGGCCGGUGCAGCACGGCGAGCUGGGGCGGCACUGGAUCAUGCACAACCAGCCAAAGGCGCGCCAGCACGCCUACGCCGGCUUCCUUCUCGGGAUGGGGCUGCAGGGGCGGCUCAACUCGCUGGCCAACACGGACGUGUACCGCCUGAUGUCGCAAGGCCACCACGUGACGAUGAUGGCCCUCCUCGUCGGCAUGGCGGCGGGCAAGCGGGGCAGCGAGGACCCCGCCAUCGCAAAGAUGCUCUGCCUGCACAUCCCGGCCCUCCACCCGCCCUCCUUCACGGAGCUCGAGCUCGAGGUGAUGCUCGGCGAGAUCGCCCGCCCCCCGACCAACGAGCUGCUCGGCUGCCGCGAGAGCUACUCGGUCGCCGCCGGCAUCGCGCUCGGGCUCGUCUCGCUCGGCCGCGGCUCCGACCCCGGCCUCGCCGACCUCUUCAUCGAGGACAAGCUCGGGAGCUACAUGCACGGCCGCGCGCCCGUCUACAGCUCCCCGGACGGCGGCGACGGCAUGGCGCGCCAUUACCCCACCCCGUUAGCUCUCCGCGCCUGGGGCAGGCGUGCGCCCCGUCCCCUAGCUCGCCCCUCGCACGAGGCCUCCUCGCCGCAGGCCAAGGAGCCGACCGCUUCCCUCGCCACGCGCUGCUACCGCAUCCGCGAGGGGCCGCGCGUCAACGUCGACGUCACCGCCGCCGGCGCCACCCUCGCGCUCGGCCUCCUCUUCUGCAAGUCCAACAACGCCUCCGUGCCUCACACGGUGCACGCCCUCCGCUGCGUGCGGCCCGACCUCGUCCUGCUCCGCGUCCUCGCGCGCGGCCUCAUCCUCUGGGACUCGGUGCGGCCGACGGACGCGUGGGUCAACUCGCAGCUCACCCCCUCCACCGGCGGCGGCGAGCGUGGCGGGCUCGAGCCGGACUCGACCACCCUCCGGCUGGCGAGGCUCAACAGCCUCGCGGGCGCCUGCCUCGUGCUCGGCCUCCGCUUCGCCGGCAGCUGCAACCAGGCGGCGCACGACGUCUUGCACGCCAAGGUGCACCACUUUUACGCGCUGCGGCUCGCACUGGGCGGCGCGGCGGCGAGCACCGAGGGGACCCGCGCGGACAGGCCGACGGUCGAGUCGUGCUUGGGGACUGCCGCCCUCGCCAUGGCUUGCGUCAUGGCGGGCAGCGGACACCUCGGCAGCUUGCGGCUGCUGCGCGUGCUGCGCCGCUGCGCGGACAACGACGUCUCGUACGGCUUCCACAUGUCCAUCUCGAUGGCGAUCGGGCUCCUCUUCCUCGGCGGCGGGCGGCUCACCCUCGGCACGAGCAAGGCGGCGGUCGCCGCCCUCGUGACGUCGCUCUUCCCUCGCUUCCCGCUCGCGCCGACGGACGGGCGGUACCACUUGCAAGCGCUGCGCCACCUGUACGUGCUCGCGGCCGAGGCGCGCUGCCUCGAAGCGGUGGACGUCGACACGGGCGAGCCCGCCAUGAUCCCGCUGCGGCUCGUGCUGCGCGGCCGCGAGCGGCGCGAGCUGCUCCUCAGCACGCCGUGCCAGCUGCCGCCGCGCAACAGCAUAGAGUCGCUCACGCUCGCUUCGCCGCGCUACUGGGGCCGGUCGCUGCUCGUGCGCCGUCGCCCGGACCACGCCGCCGCGUUGCGCCAGCGCGUGCUCUGGGAGAAGCCCGACUUGGUGCCAGCGUACCUCCUGCUCUACCACACAGCGCUACGGCUCCAGCGCAACCGCUGCGCGGUCGGAAUGCGCUCGCUGCGGCUGCUGCUGGCCCACGCGGAGGCGCGCGACGACGAGCCGUUGCAGCGCCCGUUCCUCCGCUCGCUGUGUCACCACGUGCUCCGGGCGGCGCGCGACGAGGGGGACCCGCCGCCCGCACCCGGAGCCUCGCGGAGCGGCGCGCACUGGCUCGCCAUCGCCGCACGGCGCAAGCAGCAGGCGCGCGCUCAGUGA